GGGAACCCCGAGAGCCCUAAGAACAUCGGGAACCCCGGGAGCCCCGGGAGCCGGCAGGGCACAGGGCUGGAGCCGGGGAUCGUGGCUUCUCCCCGCGCCGCCCCGCCCGGUGCUGACGGUCACCGGCUCUCGGUGCUGCUCAAGAAGAUGCACUUGUUCCGGAGCUGCAGCUACGAGGUCCGGCUGGAGGGCGAGGGGGGUACCCUGCCCCGCAUCCAGGGCAUCCGCUGGACUCCACUUUUGGAUACUGAAUCCACUUUGGAUUAUGGCCACAGCCUUACCCAGGCAUCAUCAGAGAAGAUCUGGCGAGCGGGAAAGCUCCUCUUCAUCCACCUUACCAGCACUCGCCCUGGCCUCAUCCGGGACCACAAGCAUCACCUACGGCACCACAGGCAGUGCUGCUCCGGGAAGGAGCUGGUGGACUGGCUGCUGAGCGCCGGGCUCAGCAUCCAGACCCGCAGCCAAGCCAUUGGCGUCUGCCAGGUGCUGCUGGAUGGAGGGGUCCUGACACACGUGAAGCAGGAGUGGCAUUUCCAGGACAAGGACACCCAGUUUUACCGCUUUGCCGAGCUGGAGCUGAGCCCUGAGCCUGGUGCUGGGCUGCGGGAUGCAGAGGAGCUGCUGGAGGCACUGGCUUUCCUGGCCCAGCUUGGUCCCGAUGCUCUGCUUACCAUGGCCCUGCGCAAGCCGCCAGCCCAGCGUACGGAGGACGAGUUGGAGCUCAUCUUUGAGGAGCUCCUCCACAUCAAAGCUGUGGCUCAUCUCUCCAACUCGGUGAAGAGGGAGCUGGCAUCUGUGCUGAUGUUCGAGUCGCACCCGAGAGCAGGCACCGUGUUGUUCAGCCAAGGAGAUAAAGGCACAUCGUGGUACAUCAUCUGGAAGGGUUCAGUGAACGUUGUCACCCAUGGCAAGGGUUUGGUGGCCACCUUGCAUGAGGGGGAUGACUUUGGGCAGCUGGCGCUGGUGAACGACGCGCCCCGCGCCGCCACCAUCAUUCUGCGGGAAGACAACUGCCACUUCCUCCGUGUGGACAAGCAGGAUUUCAACCACAUCCUCAAGGAUGUGGAGGCCAACACCAUGCGGCUGAAGGAGCACGGGAAGGUGGUGCUUGUCCUGCAGAAGAACCUGCAGGGUGGCAGCAGCCAGCCUGCCGCUGCACGGAGCAGCAGGUACCUGGUGAUGGCUGGGACACCGGAGAAGAUCCUGGAGCAUCUGCUGGAGUUCAUGAGGCUCGACACCACGCUCUAUGACCCUGUGGAUACUCUGCUGGGGGAUUUUCUGCUGACUUACACCGUGUUCAUGCCGACCUCGCAGCUCUGCAGAGCUCUGCUGCACCAUUUCCGCGUGGAGCCACUGGAGGGAUCAGAGCAGGAGAAGGCCACCUACUCCUUGCACAAGCGCCGGAAGAUCCUGCGGCUGAACCUCGCGGACCUGGUGAGCCAGGACCCCCGUCUGGGUGGGCUGAGCCAGGAGCAAGCACAGGACCGCCAGCGGCCCCGAGUGCUGGAGAACGGAGAUGGCAGUGUUUCUCCCCAGCCCAAGGCUCGGAGCUCAGUGAACUGGCUCACAAGCCAGGAGGAGGGCAAUUUGAACACCAGCUGUGCCUUAAGAGCCCAGGACAAAGUACCCUACGAGAUCUACAGACCAGACCACUCGUGCCUGACCACCGUGCUGCCCAUCAACGCCUCGGUGCGGGACAUCCUGCGAUCCCUCACCGCUCGGCUCGGCCGGGAUGGGGAGCACAUCCUAGUGAAGGUGAAUUCGGCCGGAGAUAAAGUGAGGCUGCAGCUGGACACCGUGGGGGCGUUCACAGCACUGGGGCUCAACGAGAGGCUCUUUGCCGUGACUGUGGAGGAGCUGGGCAGCCUGACCCCCCACCCCGAGCAGCUGGGCCCCCACAUUGGCUCCUCAGAGACCCUGGACCUCAUCAGCUCCAAGGACCUGGCCAGCCACCUCACCGACUACGACUGGAACCUCUUCAAGAGUAUCCACCCGGUGGAAAUGAUCCACUACAUCAUUGGGCCACAGAAGUUUCAUGACGUGACCACAGCCAACCUGGAGCGGGUGACGCGGCGCUUCAAUGAGCUGCAGUAUUGGGUGGCCACUGAGCUGUGCCUCUGCCCUGAGGUGGGCAAACGAGCCCAGCUCCUCCGCAAGUUCAUCAAGCUGGCUGCACACCUCAAGGAGCAGAAGAACCUGAAUUCCUUCUUUGCGGUGAUGUUUGGUGUGAGCAAUACAGCUGUCAGCCGUCUGGCCAAGACCUGGGAGAGGCUGCCCCACAAGAUCCGGAAGUUGCACUCGGCACUGGAGCGGAUGCUGGUGAGCACAGUCCCUUCCCACCUUCCAUUCGCCCCUCCCAGCAGGAUUUGUCCCGCUUCCCAAAAGGACCCAUCAUGGAACCACAGGGUCUAUCGGCUGGCAGUCGCCAAGCUAAGCCCCCCCAUCAUCCCCUUUGUGCCCCUGCUCCUCAAAGAUAUGACAUUCAUCCACGAGGGGAAUCGCACACUGGCUGAGAACCUCAUCAACUUUGAGAAGAUGCACAUGAUGGCAAAGACCAUGCGUGUCCUGCAGCACUGCCGAAGCCACACGCACGCUCCGCUCUCCCCACUGCGAAAUCGCUCUCCGCACCGGACGGAAGACCCCAAAGCCAUCAGGAUCUCCACGUGUACGUCUAGGACUCGCCCAUCUGCUGCUCUCCCUCAACCCUUGUGUUGGGGGACACCCACCCUACUUCUUGCAGCCAACUUGGAGCAGCGUGCACCCACUGUCCUUGGUGGGAGGGUCUCCUGGGGAUGUCCCAAGAGCAUCAAGCCCAACGCAACGCGUGAAAGCUGGUCUGGAUGGUGUUGAUGCCCCACAGUGUCCAGGGAUGGAGGCUGAGCUCCCGUCUCCCAAGGGGUGCCAGCCUGUGGGUCCCACGCUGCUUGCUGGAGGCACCAUCAGCAACUGGUGGUGAAGAGAGUCCAGGAGGGCUUCCAGCAAAUCUGGCAGCAGGCUGGGGUGUCGCUUUGCCCCGUGGAGUUUGCUCCUGCUCCUUCCGCUCCAGCAGGUUCCUGGAGGUGAUGGAGAGGAUCUGAGAGCCAAGGGAGAGUUGAUGGAGGGGAUCCAUGAGCUGAGGGAGAGGCGAUGGAGGGGAUUUCAAGGAGCUGAGCAAGAAGCAAUAGGGAAGGGCGUGAGUCAAGCUGGAGGUGAGAGAAAGGUUUGAUGAGCUGAGCUAGAGGUGAUGAAGGGGAAAUCAGUGGGCCAAGCCAUCAGCAGUGGAAGCAAAUCAGCGAGUCAGGUGAGAUGUAGCAACAGGGGAUCCAUGAGAUGAGCCAGCGGUGAUGGAGCAGGUUGGCAAGCUGAGCUGGAGGUGAAGGAGGAAGAUCAGUGAGUCCAGACAGAAUCAGGAGCCCAGCGCUGAUCUCAGCUCUCCCUGGCAGGCUCGGAGCAGUCCCUGAGCGCGCGGAGCCCCGUCUCCACCUGGGCGUACCUGCAGCACCUGAAAGCCAUCGACAGCCAAAAGGAGCUGCUGCGGCUCUCCCAUGACCUGGAGUCCUGACAAGGCUGGAGAGCCGAAGGCGCCCCAAGCAGGGAUGCAGCAGCCUGGCUGCGGGCAGCGAGGGCAACCCCACUGCUCCCAGUGGCACCAGGCACGGGGCUGCACUGGAGCUGGCUGUGCUGAUGGUGCUGGGCACCAGGUCCAGCACCGCGAGGCAACUGGGAGCCCACGUGGGCUGCGGGCAGGCGAGAGCCGUGGACAAUGGAGUGAGCAAUAGAGGUAUUUUUGUAUGCAAGGCUUCACUCCCUUUCUUCUCCAUGCAGCAGCUUGGAUUCACUCCCUGCACCAGCUGGGGGGGGGGGGGGGGCUCUGGUUGUCCCCCCGAUGCUGCCCACCCUGGAGGUGCCAGGCUGGAAGAUGCUCCUUCCUCCUGGAAGGACUCAAGCCAGAGCAUCCCUGUGUGCAGGGAACACUGUAUUGUCUCCACCGGGGUGCAGGCACCCAGGCUGAGCUCAGGGACUAGCUUGUGCUGCUCUGCUGCCCCACGGAUGCUGGGGACAGCCCCAGAGGGGAUCUGUCCUUCUCUCUGGCCUGGAUGUCCCAUGGGAGGUUCUGGCUGCAUCCCCUGACCUUGGGAGCUGCAUGGCUCCAGCAACCAUACGGGGAGUAUCCUGAUCCUUUCCAGGACCAUCUGGGCUCAAAUCAGCAGGGAGGUGGCAUGUGUGAGGUCCACAUCACCAUGGGAAGCAGGCAGACCUUGGGCUGAUAAGAGCCUUCUCUGUACCUCAGUUUCCCCACAUGGAUGGUGCAAGAAUAGCCACAGACAGCUGUGGCACGGAGGCAGGACAGCAUCCGCUGUGGAAGGAAGCUCGUAAUGGAGAUGGUGAUCUGCUCUGGCCAUUCCAAAUCCAUCCUUCGCCACGAGUAGGGAUUUGGGGGGGGGAGAUGUCUUAGAAGAAGCUGAGCUGAAGGACACCAGGGUUGGAGACCCCCCCAUCCUUCCCCACCUCCCUCAGAGCAUCUCUCCAUGUGUGCACAGAGCAGUUUGAGCAAUGACAUUCCCAGCGCUCAGAGGAGACCUGGAUGAACCUAUGGGGUUCAGAAGAGAUCACAGCCCCUAAAAGCUCCCACAUUUGCAGGGUUCCAGCCUGGGGUUCCAUGGAACCAUGAGCCAAAGCCCCCCUCGCCCCCCCCGCCAGCCUUGCCCAGAGCACAGCUGGGCUACAAGGGACCAGAACGCUGCCACAUUAAUUGCUCUUUCCAGUCCUGUGAUGCAAAUGAAAGGGUCGAUUGAAAU